UAUAUCUAAACCCUUCCUAGUUUUAUUUUUAUCCUUUAUGGUUCUCCUUAAAUCCUUCCUGAUAUAUCUAAACCCUUCCUAGUUUUAUUUAUAUCCUUCAUGGUUCUCCGUAAAUCCUUCCUAGUUUUAUUUAUAUCCUUCAUGGUUCUCCUUAAAUCCUUCCUAAUAUAUCUAAACCCUUCCUAGUUUUAUCUAUAUCCUUUAUGCUUCUCCUUAAAUCCUUCCUGUUAUAUCUAAACCCUUCCUAGUUUCAUUUAGAUCCUGUAUGCUUCAACUUAAAUCCUUCCUAAUAUAUCUAAACCCUUCCUAGUUUCAUUUAUAUCCUUUAUGCUUCAACUUAAAUCCUUCCUAUAUCUAAACCCUUCCUAGUUUCAUUUAUAUCCUUUAUGCUUCAACUUAAAUCCUUCCUGAUAUAUCUAAACCUUUCCUAGUUUCAUUUAUAUCCUUUAUGCUUCAACUUAAAUCUAUCCUGAUUUAUCUAAAUCCAUCCUAUAAUAUGUUAAAUUAAACAAGGCCUUCUUGGUUUGAAUUAUAUCCUUUAAGGUGCGACCCCUUCAAACUUCACAAUAAACCUAACCUAGACUACUUGAAGGGACUGAGUAAUCUCAAUAUCAAGGCACCCUCCAUGCACAGAUGACGAUUCCCGAUUACCAACGAUACCCUGAAUUAUAGGAAAAAUGUUUUUAACUAACUGUUUUUUUUUCAAAUGUGAUUUCUCUAUAAAAAUUGAAGUACGUAUUUCUAUUGCAGGAAAACAAUACUCAGAAUUGAACAUUUUUAAAUCUUAAAAAGCGACAAAAUCAAUCUUAGCAUUAUUGAUCUUAACAUUAACAUUCUUAUAGAUUGAUCAGAUUCCGGAGAAGAAGAAAAUAUCAAUCUAAUCAUUUAAACUUUUCAGAGAAUACAAUGUUAUGGAAUAAAGGGUUUACAGAAUAAACACUGGUGCUUUAACAAUCCUGACCAGUUUAAAUUCCUUAGUACAGUAACAGUACAAAGAACAUUACAUCCAAGGGGUUCCUUUUAAACAGAAUGAAUUGGUUUAAUCAAUAUUAAUACUAAAAUCUGGUUAAACAUCCAUUAACCAAACCAUGAUGAUAAUUCAGGCACUCCUUAUACUCACCUACUUUCAAAAUAGUCCAGUGAACUGUAUCCCAGAUGCAGUUCCAAAACCUUCUCCGGAUGCAAGUCCUGAUGGCGCACCUUCUCCAGGCCCUGAUGGUAAACCUUCUCCAGGUCCUGGUUCAAACACUGGCCAGCUUAUCUCAUUGUCAAGAUUAAGAGCACUGGGAGAUGCAAUUUCCAAUAUUGACAAUACUGAAGAGAAGGAAAGUGAUGAAUCUAUAAUUGGUGACAAAUACUCAACCAAGAAAAUCAAAAACUUUGAUUUUCUGUUUGAAAAGUUACAAAACCGUGAUCAUUCUCUGAAAGGAGUUAAUUUCUUGAAUGAAAAUGAACCUGUUGGAAACGAUAACAGUCAGAACACACACAGAAGACAAGUAACGCAAGCAGAUCUACUCAGUGCACUCAGCUCUGGUGGUGGUGGUAUAGAGGUAAAGCAGAAGGAAGGUGGACCUGAGAUACGUGUUGUUCAGCAGGGAGAUGAUAUUCAGGUUUUAGUAGACAAUAUUCCCCGUAGGGUUGGAGAAAUGUACGUAAAGAAGAAGGGUUCAUUUGAUGUGAGCAAGCUUCCAGAUCCCGGGAACGGAAUAAAAAUCAGCGAACCCUUCAGGGAUAGAGACAGGAAGUUCCAAAAACAGGAAACAGAUGACAUCCGACAUGUUGGAUGGAAUGAGAAAAAAGGAAUAAAGUCCGGAAGUGUUGAAGAUAUCCUUGAACUUCUAGAUGAUGUUCCCCUAGAGCUUGAACGAGAGAGAAGACAAGGACGGCAGAAUCCUGCUCCAGCAAUUAACCAAAACCAAGGAUCUCCAGAUGGGUGUACUACAACAGGAUAUGAUACACGAACAAGAGAUGACUGCCAAGAGGUUUUUGAUACAGUUUGUACAACUGUACAGGUCACAAAGUAUAGAACAGAGAUAGAUCAACAGUGCAAAACAAAGAUAGAUCAGCAGUGCAGACCAGUUGAAACAUCAGUCCCGAAACAAGAAUGCCAGGAGAGACUUGAGAAAAGGUGUGAGACUGAUUAUGAGCUUGUAGAUGAGGAAACCUACACCGAAGAGUGCCAUGAGUCAGUUAAGCAUGUCUGUGAGAAGCAUAUAGAGGUUCCUGUUAAAGUUCCAGUCAGAGUACCUGUACCAAUAAAAGUUCCAUAUCCUGAGUACGUUUUUUCAACCCCAGCAGAACCUUAUCAAGCUCCUCCUAAACAUAAGAAUAAAAAUUACGUUCCAACACCAACUCCAGGACCAUUCUAUUCAACAACACCAUAUUCUUCACAUACAACACCAACUCCAGGACCAUUCUAUUCAACAACACCAUAUUCUUCACAUACAACACCAACUCCAGGACCAUUCUAUUCAACAACACCAUAUUCUUCACAUACACCACCUUUCCCCCCUCAUUCAAAUCCUGAUGGUAGAAACCUUCCUGAACAAACUGAUUAUUCAAAUAAUCAACAUUUAAAUCCAGUUCCAGCAGUUCCUAACCAUCCUACUCCAAAUCUUAGCUACCAGCAUUCUACCACACCUUCACCGUCUGAUUACUAUCAUACCACCCCUUUACCAACAUAUAUACAUCAUUCAACUCCAUCCCCUCCACAUCCAUCUACAGUGAAAUCUCUUCCAAAAUCUAGAUUGGACUCACAUAGAUCUAGUCUUGUCCAUAGGUUUAAUAGUCAACUAAAGAGGGAGAUUACCUUUGACCACUUUGAUGCAACACCAGUAGAUCAGGAUCAAGACAAGAAGAGCAGGAAGAAGCGUGAAGGAGACCCUAUUUCUUCUCCUGAUCCAGAAUCAGAACCUGGACCUCAAUUCAGCAACGUCCUUCAGCACUCACUAGCUAACAAUAAUCGAGGAGCAUUCUCAAAUACCCUUUCAGGUUCCGUUGGAGGACUAUUUGGACUUUCUAGCAGCAGAGGUGGCCCACAAUCUACAUCAUUCACCAAUCAAAUAUCAGAGAUCCAGACCCCUCUGUCUGGGUUAUCUGAUUCAGAAUUAGAACAUGUUCUCGGUGGAACUAUAGACCUUGAAGGGAUACAAACUAGGGGACUUGGCGAACCUAUCAUUUCAACAUUAAAUGCUGGAGAACCAAACAAUGAAAAUGUAAGACAAGCUGUAAUGGAGCUAUUAGCCCGUGAUCCCCAACUAGUUGCUGCACUAAAUAAUCUCAAUUUGGAUGCAAACUCUGCAACAGUUACUCCAGCAGAAACCUUUCGUGGCUCUGUAAUUUUUCCAAGUCCAACCACACCCUUGCCGUCAUUACAUCAACAUCAUGAACCUUUAGGAGGUGUUCUGCACGGAGGAAAACUUCAUCAUCAUGAUCCUAGAACAAUUCUAGCAGAUGUGACAGGACAUCAUAUCCAUCAACUAUCUCCUGUCUUGCCAGAUCAUCAUUCACUACCAUUGUCAACUAUCCAACCAGGAACAAAUAAAUAUCUUUCCAAACCACAUGACUAUACACAUUCGCAUGGUGAUCAACAUCAUCAUGAACAUCCUCAUGGUCACAUUAACAAAUACAAGCCUAGUCCCGAGCUGCUUCUUCUGGAACAUCCAGUUGGGCAUAAAGAGCAUAGUGUAACCCAUCAUGAGCUUCCAGCACCCCCAGGAUGCCGGUCAGUUGUCACAAAGGAGUGCAGAAAGGUUCCUGUUAUAAAACAGAAGAAAGUUCCUGUGAAUAAGUGCAGAGAGGUACCUGCUGUUGACUGUUUCUUUGUUCUCAAGAAAAUCCCUGAUAUAGAAUGUUCUCCGUCCUCCUAUCAGGAUUGUAAUGAUGUUGUGAAAGAGGUUCCCUACCUGGCUCCUGAAGAACAGUGUGAAGAAGUUCCAUACGAGGAGUGUGUAGAGAUCGAGGAGCAGGUUCCAAUCCUAGUCUGCACUCAAGUUGAUAAUCAACGGGAAGUUAUCACUACUAACGUGGGUAACAGAUACAGAAAUGAAGGUUCCAGUCGAGUUGGAGGAGCUGGUAGGAUAGGAGGAGGAGGUGGAGCUGGUAGGAGUGGAGGAGGAGGAGGGAGCAGGGCCAGAGGAUCAAGUAGAGGUAGAGGAUCCACAGGACGAAGAGAAGGACGAAGUUUAGUUCUAGCUGACGAUUUGGAGGCAGAAGAAAAAAAAGAUAAUCUGGAUCAAUUGAGGGCUGUGCAUCUGGAUGGAAAAACAGAGUAUUUAAGAGAAGAACGAGAUCAUCAGGAGGAGGAGGAAGGUGAUAAGAAACCCAUAAGUUUUCCAAACUGAGAUGAAAUCCAAUCAAGAUUUUGUACAUCUAGUCAUCGUUAUAUAUUUAAUAAAAUAACCAUUCGAAUAAGUG